AUGUCGAGCGAUUCGACCGUACGUCGCAUCCUGCCGCAGGACGCCCAGAGUGCCCAGAUGGGCUCCUUUCCCUUUGCGCCGCAGCAGUAUCCUCCGAGAGAAGUGCGGAAGAGUAAGCCAACCGUUCCGGCACGGAACUUGAUGUCGCUGCCCGAGACCUCCCGUCUAACCGUCUGGCUGCAGACUACGUCUUUGUAG